GUUAUAGACUUAAGCUUAAGUUUCGCUUUCCCUGGAAAUAACUCUUCCGCAAAAUAUCCUGUGCCUGCGGUUCAUAUGAGAGAGUGUGUUGACCUGCGAGCUUUAGGUAUUCAACAGAAUGAACAGAAGAAACAGGAGUAAUUAUCUCUCUAUAGCCGCUGUGCGCGCAAUUGGAUUGGAUUUCAUAGAGUUCAUAGAGGAAACAAACAGGAGAUCCAUUACUGACAGAAACACACUCAGAGACAUCUACAACGAAGAGUUUCGAGACAGGGACGGUCGUGUCAAAGACCCACAAUUCUCUAGAGUCAUCUUUGCAUUGAGAAACGGCAACAAAGCGCGUCUUUCCAGAUCUGGUCACGUUUUCUUUAACAGCAACGUCCGGGUGAGGCUGCAUGAUCAAUGGUUCAGACGCUGUGGAAGACAGCAAAACCAAGCUACUCCCGCUCCGAGUAAUGCUAGCUCACCGCCGCCUCCUAGUGGCCAGGAGGCCUCCGGUCCAGGCCCAGAGAGUGGAGUCAGAAGAAGGAGAAGAUUGGCGAAAGACAUCCUACAACGAUUGAACAGUAUAGACAAGUCCUAUUUUAUAGCUGAUAAGCAUGGGGUGAAGGUGUCCUCAGAGCUGUAUAUGAAGGACGGAAAGAUCCAGAUCUCUGUGGAACGGGCAGAAGUUUACGAGCUGAAGCUGUUUGUGGAGAACACGGGUCAAGAGGCCGUGUAUUUCACUUACUACACUGCUCUUCACUGGCUGCAGUGUUUCACUCUGGAAGACAGCAAGAAAGUCACACGCAACAACGAACUCCGCCUGGAACCACGUGAAAAGUAUGAGGUGACUGUGAGAUUCAAAUGCAGUCAUUUUGGAGUUUAUUCACUUACUCUGGCAUUUGAGUUUAAGCAGAACACCCAGCCCACCACCCGUCCCUUCCACAUUGUGCGCUUCAUUGAGGCAGAGUACAGGACUAAGCUUGCAGCGCUACUGGGUCCUACUGAACCAUUCAAACCCCUGAGACUCAACAUCUCUGAACCCGAAAACUGUAGAGUGGACGAGGGUGUUCCACCUGAAGGUUAUGUUCAGAACUAUCUUGAAAGUGUUCUGCCACUGGGGCAAUACACUCCUCCUCUUGACAUCCCUGUGCUGGCCAAACUCAUGAAAGUUGACCGGAUCCUCAGAGGAAAGUUGCAGGAACUUCAAUCAUUACUGCAGAGUCCGCUGAGCUUCCAUAAUUAUGCCGAACGCUUUGAUUUACUGCUGCACUUGGAGGAAUGUCAGAUGCAUGUGGACAUCAAGAGAUACAACAGAGAGCAAGUCACCUUAUACAGGGACAAAACUGACAAAACACUACUGGUCUUAAACCUCCCCGGUGUAUCAGAGAACAGGCCAUCAGUCCUGAGGGGAGAUCACCUGCUUCUCACCAAGAGUGAGGAGGUCAAGUUCUCAAACGUGACCAAAUACAAGGGCUACGUCCACAAAGUGGAACUGGAUCAAGUCAAACUAGGCUUCUCCAGAAGGUUCAUUGACCAUGUAUACAUAGAUAAUAUGAAAUUCCGUGUGGAGUUCACGGUGAAUCGUCUUCCAUUGAGACUGCAACACAGAGCUGUACACAUGGCGGUCCAGCACAACCUCAGAGAUGUGCUGUUCCCCGUGGGCUCAAGGAAUGUGACCCCUGUGUCUCCACCUACACUCAGACUCUUUGAUCAACAGCUUGAGAGGAACCCUGAACAGUACAGCGCUGUAUGUAACAUCGUGGCCGGUACGUCCAAGCCGGCACCCCACCUGGUGUUUGGACCUCCUGGCACUGGUAAAACUGUCACGAUAGUAGAGGCCAUCAAACAGGUGGAGAAGAAUAUACCCGAUGCCUAUAUCCUAGCUUGCGCUCCUUCUAACAGUGCAGCUGAUCAACUGUGUGAAAAGUUGAUCACUAGUCAACAUGUUGAUGCACGUAAAAUAUACCGACUCUACGCUAGUUCACGCAAUCCAAAAGAAAUCCCUAAAAUUCUAAAGAACAACUGCAAUGCGGAGGGAGAGAUGAUUAUUUUCCCAUGUAAAGAGGAUCUAAUGUCCUACAAGAUCCUGGUCAGCACUAUAGUCACCGCUGGCAGGCUGGUCAGUGGGGGUAUUCCUGUGGAUCAUUUUUCUCACAUCUUUGUGGAUGAGGCAGGACAUGCUGUGGAGUCAGAGACCAUCAUCAGUGUGGCAGGACUGCUGAAUGUAGAGACCGGGCAGCUUGUUUUGGCUGGAGAUCCCAAGCAGUUGGGACCAAUUCUGAGGUCUCCUCUUGCCAUUAAUCAUGGGUUUGAUGUCUCUUUGCUGGAGAGGCUGAUGACACAGAAUGAUCUUUAUAAGAAAGAUGACAUUGAGUUUGACAAACGCUACGUUACCAAACUUCUUCUAAAUUACAGGUCUCAUCCAUCCAUUCUGAAGGUUCCUAAUGAGUUGUUCUAUGAUGGGGAGUUGAAGGCAUGUGCAAAUGAGAUCAGCUCUAACCAGUACUGCACUUGGGAGUACCUGCCCAAAAGAGAAUUUCCUGUGAUUUUCCAUGGAGUUCCUGGGAAGGAUGAAAGAGAGUCGAACAGCCCCUCAUUCUUUAACAUCUUUGAAAUCGAUAUCAUCAUAGAUUACCUGAAGAAGCUGCUCCUGACACAGGCCAAGAGGGGAAUCUCUAGAAUCUCCCCUAGAGAAAUUGGCAUCAUCGCCCCCUACAGGAAACAGGUGGAGAAGAUCAGACAGGCCAUCAGAUCAGAAGAGGACCUCCAAAAGUGCAUGUGCAUUAAUGACCUUAAAGUUGGUUCCGUGGAGGAGUUUCAAGGCCAAGAGAGGAAAGUCAUCAUGGUGUCAGCUGUUCGGAGCAGCAAGGAAUACAUCACUUUCGAUGAAACAUUCAGCAUUGGGUUUCUCAAGAAUGAGAAGAGAUUCAAUGUUGCGGUGACAAGAGCAAAGUCCCUGCUCAUCAUGGUGGGAAACCCCUUCAUUCUGCGCACAGAUGAAAUCUGGGGCCGGUUUAUUGACUUCUGCUUCGAGCAGGGAGGUUACACCGGGCUUCCUUUUACUAGUGUAGAGGGCAUAGAGGAGGUUGAAAAGCGGCUUCUUGCUCUCAACUUUGACGAUGAGAAUGUGGAAACUGAGGAGAGUGUGGUCCAACAACACCUGAAUCCUGAAUGGAGACAUGAUUACUAAGAGCCAGUCUUCACUAGCCACAUCUGUUCUACACCCACCUUCUUUUGAAGCUAGCAUUGAAAUCCUAGAUCUGCCCAAUCUAAGCAUGGUGCACACUACGAUUUUUACUGUACAAAAAUACUUUAAUCUACUCUAAAAAAAAAAAAAAAAGACCA